UUUGCUUUGUGAUUGUAUUUGAAUUGCUGUGGGUUGGGUGAACUAAUGAUAUACGUAUAAAAAUGAACCUUUCAGUAUCGAAUUCAGCAAACAUCUUAUCAAAAUGUGUGCGUAUUGUAAGUGGACGUACUCAACCUUGCUUCAUGCUUGCAAGAAGGACGCUCAUUAUAAGUCACGUAAGAAAAAACACAGCUGCGACCAAUAGCGCGAAUAAGGGAAUGUCGUCUCGUGAAAUCCGCAAAUUCGAUCGGCUCUCUUCACAAUGGUGGGACGAAACUGGACCCUUCAAAGCGCUGCAUUCGUUCAACACAGUUCGAGUGCCGUGGAUUGUGAAACAUAUGAACACACAAGAAAAUUCACCUUAUCCUCUGAAAGGUGAGGUUGCGGUGCGAAUCAAUAUUUCCAGAAGUGCGUGUCCGAACGUUUGCCAAUCGCUUCUGAAACCCGAAGGCAAACUGUUUGUCACGACUCUCAACAAAAACAUUUUCUCAUACCUGUUCGGAAUAAUCGCUGCCGAGUAUAUCCUGAAAAUAGUUCCGGCUGGAACCCACGAACACGACAAAUUCGUCACUCCUGAAUCAAUACACGCAAUGCUUAAAACAUCUGGACUUGAUGUUCUGGAAAGCAGAGGACUGAUUUACAACCCAGUUUGCCAAUCGCUUCUGAAACCCGAAGGCAAACUGUUUGUCACGACUCUCAACAAAAACAUUUUCUCAUACCUGUUCGGAAUAAUCGCUGCCGAGUAUAUCCUGAAAAUAGUUCCGGCUGGAACCCACGAACACGACAAAUGCGUCACUCCUGAAUCAAUGCACGCAAUGCUUAAAACAUCUGGACUUGAUGUUCUGGAAAGCAGAGGACUGAUUUACAACCCAGUUUGCAACACCUGGCAAUGGUCUGAUUAUAUUGACUUGAUAAACUACGGAUGUGUUGGCGUCAAACCACCGGACGUUUCUGAAGCUGGUUGUGAAUGAAUUUCGGGUUGUAAAAUAGGUAAA